UUACCCACGGGCCACGAUCAAUGUCAACCAUCCCAUAAUAGUGUUGAUCACGAUGGACAGAGUCAAGUUUGCCUGCCAGUGGCACCCUCUCACAUAAUGGGUAGCUUACCAUGGCGCCAGGCUCGCCUAGUCCUAUUCACCAUCACCAUCACCUUCGCCCUGUUCAUCUUUCUCCGUUCAUCAAUCUUAACCUUCCGGUCUUCCGCGUUCUCUCAAUCCGAUUCAUACAAGCUCGACCAUCGCUCCGAAAUCCUUUCCAAAUGUGCCUACACACACGCAAAACCCGGGCCUCCACCCCAUUUCCAUGCACGGACACAGAGUGACCGCUACGCAGAGAACACGAAACCUGUUCUCGUGCGCAACGCUACUAUCUGGACAGCCGCCAAUGAUGGGCACGAAGUCCUCGCUGGCGACCUGCUCAUGCACCGUGGUGUUGUGAAAGUCAUCGGUGAUGUUCCUCUUUCAAUGAUUCAACAGCUCGAGUCGGAGAACGUGAACUUGGAGAUUGUCGAUGCUCAUGGAGCAUGGGUGACCCCUGGUAUAGUAGAUUUGCACUCCCAUAUUGGGGUCGGCAGUGCGCCCGAGCUAGAUGGUACAGAUGAUACGAACUCUUACAAGGCCCCCAUCUUGCCCUGGCUGCGCAGUAUCGAUGCCCUGAACACCCACGACGCGUCAUACGAACUCGCUAUGGCUGGAGGUGUCACCACCGCGCAAAUUCUCCCUGGUAGCGCGGACAAUAUCGGCGGCCAGGCAUUUAUCAUGAAAUUGCGCCCCACAGCUGACCGGUCACCUUCUUCCAUGCUCCUUGAGCCUCCUUACACCCUCAAUGGUUCUCACUUUGACCGCUCUCUCACGCCCCGCUGGCGACACAUGAAACAUGCAUGCGGUGAAAACCCCUCCAGUGCUUAUGACAUAACUCGCCUUGACUCUGCGUGGAACUUUCGCGCUGCUUACGACCAUGCCAGAAAGCUGCGUGGUAUUCAAGACGACUUCUGCGCCAAAGCAGAGUCUGGUUCCUGGGACGAUGUCGCAGGAAAGACAUUUCCUGAAGACUUGCAAUGGGAAUCCCUUGUCGAUGUGCUCCGAGGACGCGUGAAGCUUUCCGUACAUUGUUAUGAGGCAGUUGAUCUCGACGGAAUCGUCCGCCUUACGAACGAGUUCGAGUUCCCAGUAGCAUCGUUUCAUCAUGCUGGAGAAACGUACCUCGUUCCGGAGUUGUUGAAGAAGACCUGGGGUGGCACACCUGCCAUAGCACUCUUUGCAUCCAACUUCCGGAAGAAACGCGAGGCAUAUCGAGGAUCAGAGUUCGCACCGCGCGUGCUGGCGGAGCAUGGAAUCAAUGUUGUUAUGAAGUCUGACCACCCAGUUGUCAACUCCCGCUACCUCCUGCACGAAGCCGCCCAAGCGCACUAUUAUGGCCUUGACCCCGCACUCGCGCUCCUCUCCGUUACGUAUACUCCUGCUACUGCCAUGGGGAUGGGCCAUCGCAUUGGGAUGCUGAAAGCAGGAUAUGAUGCCGAUGUUGUGAUUUGGUCCUCCCACCCUCUUUCACUUGCUGCAACGCCCACUCAGGUCUACAUUGAUGGUAUCCCUCAGCUCUCCCUUCCCGGCCGCCAAGUUGCCAAGGGACCUGCCACGUCCCCACGCACGCCCGAUUUCGAUUCUGAGAAGGUGGCAGCUGUCGCGCAUGAGGGCAUUCCCCCUCUUGAACCUCGGAGCGUAAAAGGGGCGUUAUUCGUGAAUGUCUCGGGGCUUUAUAUGAGAGGUGGGGGCUCGACUGGGGUUGUACAUAUUUCUGAGAAGGUGGGAUCGGUGGGCGUGGAAGAUGGCCGAGUGGUGUGUGUUGGUCAAUGCUCGGAUUUUGCAGAAGGGGCCGUCGAUAUCGUGGACCUUGAAGGCGGCACGAUCAUACCUGGACUGACGAGCUUUGGUACGCCGCUGGGGCUCGUGGAGAUUAGGCUAGAGCCAAGCACGAAUGAUGGAAGCGUUUAUAACCUCCUCGACGAGGAUCUUCCUGCCGUGUUGGGUGAUGAGGUUGUGAGAGCCCAGGAUGGGCUCAUGUUUGGUGGCCAGAAUUUGUUACUAGCCUAUCGCGGAGGCGUUACAACGGCCAUCACUGCACCCUCUGGGACCUUCCUGCGAGGUAUAUCUACUGCAUUCUCACCUGGAGCCGUGCAUGCGCGCGUGGAGAAUGCAAGCAUUGUUAGUGAAGUAGCAUUGCAUGUGGUCAUAAGUAUGUCUUCAAGGAUUGGUGUGAGCACGCAGGUAGCGGCACUUAGGAACAUGUUGUUCGGGGAGGGUGGAGAUGAGGUACUCAGAAGUGUCAGAAAGGGUCAAACGACGCUCGUUUUGGACGUUGAGAGUGCAGACAUCAUGGCGACCCUGCUCCGACUUAAGGAUGAAUACGAGGCUCAUUCCGGGAGGGAGCUUCAUUUGACCUUUGCAGGGGCAACUGAGGCUCAUCUCCUUGCGCAUGAGAUUGCAAGGGCAGGUGUGAGCGUGAUCGUCACGCAGAGCAAGCCAUACCCGUCGACUUGGGAGCUGCGAAGGUUACUUGCUGGCCCGCCGAUCACGCAGGAGAGUCUGGUCACUGCGCUUUUGAAGGCAGGUGUCAAUGUAGCCAUUGGAGUCAUUGAUGAGUACAAUGCCCGGAAUACACGUUUCGAAGUCGGUUGGUCGCUCCUCACAUCCAAUGGCACUAUUGAUCGCACAACAGCUCUCGCGCUCGCCACGACAAACCUCGAGAAGGCGCUCGGAGUACAGAGGGAGAUGCCUCAGGACCUUGUGGCGUACCGUGGUGGGGAUGUGUUUGAGUUUGAAGCCAAGGUGGUGGGGGUUAUAUCAGAGACGUUGGGGCGGACAGAUUUGUUUGUGUGAGCAGCGUCAGAGUUUUAUUUGUAGGGUCUGAACUUCAUGUUUGUACAAAUGUAUAGCAACUGACAAUCAAUACUGGGUGUAUUGGUACGAUGAUCAUUAUCACACCCUGUCAGACAAUCGUGAAAACGACGCGACAUCAGCAAAGCUCAAGGAUACCUUGGAUAUGGCUGGAAAUUUGACCCGACUUGCCAAUAAUGCAGCUUCAGUUGGAUCUAUUGUUAACUACUAAGGCACUGAUACGACACG